GAGCUUUCAAACUGCGAGCAGUCAGUCGCCAGCCGACCGAGCUGCACGAGUCGUGAGUUAUGUUGUCGUGUUUUGUCGCAGGAGAUAUCGUCCUCGUAAUACCGUGACAGCUUUUGAAACCGCGAACUGUGCAUCGUUGUCGAGACAGCAAAACGGCUGGGAUUGGGUUUCCGUCGGUGGCCCGGUAAAAUCAACAGACGCCGCGAAAUAUCAGAAGCUUCGGGGGAUGCGAAAACCGGAGGACGAUGUCGAUGAGACCGGCCUGGGGGCCCAAGUUGUUUCUCGUGCUGGUGACGACCACGAUCGUUAUCGGCAAUUAUCAGCGACAUCGCGAGAGGACUCAUUUGCGCGAGCAGCUCGUUAACAGCCACAAAGUCACCAGGAACGUCACUCGAUUAGAAGAGGAAACAAUUGCUAAUCUGCCACCCCUUCGAAUUCCUCGAUUGAGGCAUCAUCGAGUGACAGAUUGGGGCCCGUACUUCGAAAAUGCAGAAGGCCAGGGAAUCAAUGGAUCGCAGAACGUAGCGUUGCAUCUUGGCGCGACUGCUCUUCUCGAUUGUCGCGUGGCGAUGCUCUCUGGCAAAAAGGUCAUAUGGUUACGCCGCAACGCCGACUGGGCAUCCCUUUUAACUCUGGGUAAUACCACUCACAUUUCCGAUCCCAGGUACAGCGUUAGCUUCCAAUAUCCAAACAACUGGAGGCUGGCAAUCGCCGGGGUACGCAGGGAGGAUCGUGGAUUGUACGUCUGUCAAGUGAACACGCAUCCUCCGAGAAUGCUCGUCACUAACGUCACUGUUCUCGCUCCAGACAUCAGGAUUCUGGACGAAGCUAGACACGAACUACGUGAUCGUUACUACAAAACCGGAAGCGGUAUCGAGCUAGCUUGCGUUGCUCGACCUUCUUGUCCCGACUCCAGGAUACCGCACCCUGUCUGGAGGAAAAAUGGUGAAACGUUGCCGGAUCAUGUCAACGUUUAUCACAUUAAUGGGUCGAACGAAGAUCUGGUGACCAAGCUAUAUAUCGAGCAGGCGAAAAAGACUGACAGCGGCGAAUACUCAUGCUCAGUGAGCCAAUUUAGUACCGCCGCGGUGCAUAUUCACGUCCUGAAUGGUGAGAAGCAAGCAGCAGUUCACCACGAUCAAUGGAACGCAGCGCGAACGAAUCACGAAAAAUUAAAAAGUCUAUACGUCACAAUCGCCAGCCUUGUUUUCCUCCGAACUUGGAUGAUCAACUCGCCAUAAAGUUCAUCGAAACAUUUUGAGGUUAUGAUUGCACAUUAUCUCGCAUCGCUCUCUCUUGUGCAUAUCCGCCAGAAAGCGUUUCUAGUAACGGAUCAGUAUUACGACGGAAGAAAACUGCCGAAUAAAUUGUACGCAAUAAUUUAGUGUGCAUUGUAUACAAUAUCGCAAAACCACCUCCGAACGA